GAAGAAACACUGAAGGGUGUAACUGAUUGAAGGGAGGAGGAAUGCGUCGCUGGCGAUACCGCCAUUACUUCGGUGUGAGGUAGAUCAUCAACGCUGUUUUGUUGAUGGCCUGAAUGAAAGACCCGGAUUGGUUGACAUCAAAGGAACGACAUGCGUGUGGCUUGUCCUCCCAAGUCACCCGUGUGAGAGGCGGCUACUGGCAUGCACUGUGCAGGCCUGGGCCAUGUGGAGGACAUGGUUCGUACCAGCUACGCCAUCCUACACACAAAGUAAACGCGAUGAAUACGGACUCAUUUGGAGAAAACUACCCGGCCCAAGUAAGUACUUUGUCUUUCACACCGCCGGCUUCCAUGACUCAUCAACUUGCUAUCUCAGGUGGCCCGAGAACUACGGCUCAUGGUCUCCUGCCAUCAGGCACUUGCACUUGGCCACACCAAGAGCGCAGAGGAGAUCCUGAUUCCUCCGGAAGAGAAUAAAUGAUUCCUCAUGGUAGAGCUACAGAGUUCUAACUGGAGAUUCUCCAUGGGGAGCGGAAGUACCCGCACAAGGCAAUCCUUUAACUAACCAGCUUGUUAACUAGUUAGUUAACGUAUCGACCUUUUUCUUGUUAUCGCCGCACCCUUAGACACCACCUGUCAAACUACCAAUAAUGUGCCACCUGUUAGAGUAAUAAUACACCUGAAGAUGUGAGCCAGUCUUUUUUGUCAUUCAUCGCCAAAUUCCACCUUGGCAAGUGGAGCAGCUUUCCGCCCUUCGAGAUAGCCGGCAUUAGCCCCUUGAAGAGAGCAAAGGAUGACUCGUACUCCGUAUGAUGUUCAUAUCUCCAACUUCGGCUGCAGACAAAUACGGAGCGGCCAUUGUGAUAGGAUGUUACAGCCUCCUGCGAAGUCGUUCACGGUAGGGUCGUUAGAAUUGCUUUUCUCGGUUGUCCAACCAUGACCCGGUUGUCCGACUAGUUAUCAAGUGAACUCCGUACGGACUUCAGCCGUGUGAGCAAGUCCGAACACCCACCAAGAAAUCGAUUUUUGCUUGACUCACAAGUCAUAUUUUCACAGGCUGGAGCCGCAUCGUCAGUGAAUACAGCCUCAUCCUAGAGCGAAUAAACAGCGAACACUCUGCCGUUCUCCGUAUAUCGACAUGCGAAUGAAAUAUCAACAAUUCGAAGCAGAAGAGAUCCAGAAUCUUCCCAAAGAGGAAAGGUCAUC